GCUGGGAUGGGAAACAGGAAGUGGCCGUCACUGACACAGGAAUGGGACCGACAACAGAAAACACCAUCAUGAUGUGGGGAAUGUCACAUCCACUCGUGUAGCAGGAGACUACAUCCUCCUUUCCAGUUAGGAAAAAGGAUGAAUUGUUGUGCCCGUGCUGUAAUUGAGGCAUCACGAAGGGCAUCGGCGUGUUGCUAAAUGGAGUCGGAGCAGCUGUACCACAGAGGCUACUGCAGGAACAGCUACAACAGCAUCGCCAGCGCCAGCAGCGACGAGGAGCUGCUGGAUGGAGCCGGCGUCAUCAUGGACUUCCACACCACUGAGGACGACAACCUGCUGGACGGAGACGCUGCCUCCCCAGGGUCUAACUACGCCAUGUCUAACGGGGGCGGGGCCGCCAGCAGCACCACUCACCUGUUGGACUUCCUAGAGGAGCCCAUCCCUGGUGUGGGGACCUACGACGACUUCCACACCAUCGACUGGGUGCGUGAGAAGUGCAAGGACCGCGAGAGGCACAGGAAGAUUAACAGUAAGAAAAAGGAAUCAGCAUGGGAGUUCACAAAGAGCUUGUACGAUGCCUGGUCUGGGUGGCUGGUGGUGACGCUCACCGGCCUGGCCUCAGGUGCUUUGGCUGGCUUGAUUGACAUUGCUGCUGAUUGGAUGAACGACCUGAAGGAGGGCGUGUGUCUGAGCGCCAUGUGGUUCAACCACGAGCAGUGCUGCUGGACGUCCAAUGAGACCACCUUCGCUGAGCGGGACAAGUGUCCUCAGUGGAAGAGCUGGGCUGAGCUAAUACUAGGGCAGGCCGAGGGUCCCGGCUCUUACAUCAUGAACUACUUCAUGUACAUCUACUGGGCUCUUUCCUUCGCCUUCCUGGCUGUCUGUCUGGUGAAGGUGUUUGCUCCCUACGCCUGCGGCUCGGGGAUCCCUGAGAUCAAGACCAUCCUGAGUGGGUUUAUCAUCCGGGGCUACCUGGGCAAGUGGACCCUGAUGAUCAAGACCAUUACUCUAGUGCUGGCUGUGGCGUCCGGCCUCAGCCUGGGGAAAGAGGGCCCCCUGGUCCACGUGGCCUGCUGCUGUGGGAACAUCUUCUCCUACCUCUUUCCCAAGUACAGCAAGAACGAGGCCAAGAAACGAGAGGUUCUCUCUGCUGCGUCUGCGGCUGGGGUGUCCGUGGCUUUUGGAGCCCCGAUAGGAGGAGUUCUCUUCAGCUUGGAGGAGGUAAGCUACUACUUCCCCCUUAAGACGCUGUGGCGCUCCUUCUUCGCCGCCCUGGUGGCGGCCUUCGUGCUGCGAUCCAUCAACCCCUUCGGUAACAGUCGUCUGGUGCUGUUCUACGUGGAGUACCACACACCGUGGUACCUGUUUGAGCUCAUCCCUUUCAUCCUCCUGGGAGUUUUUGGAGGCCUCUGGGGAGCCUUCUUCAUCCGAGCCAACAUUGCCUGGUGCCGGCGGCGCAAGUCAACGCGCUUCGGAAAGUACCCAGUGUUGGAGGUGAUCCUUGUGGCCGCCAUCACAGCUGUCGUGGCGUUCCCGAACCCAUACACCCGUCAGAACACCAGUGAGUUGAUAAAGGAGUUGUUCACCGACUGUGGCCCACUGGAGUCCUCGCAGCUCUGCCAGUACCGCAGCCAGAUGAACGGCAGUAAGGCCUUCACCGACAACCCCAACCGGCCGGCGGGGCCCGGCGUCUAUGCUGCCAUGUGGCAACUCUGCCUGGCGCUCAUCUUUAAGAUAAUCAUGACCAUAUUCACAUUUGGACUCAAGGUACCAUCGGGCUUGUUCAUCCCCAGCAUGGCCAUCGGGGCGAUCGCAGGGCGAAUCGUUGGUAUUGCAGUGGAGCAGCUGGCCUAUUAUCACCAUGACUGGUUCCUGUUCAAAGAGUGGUGCGAGGUUGGAGCCGACUGCAUCACUCCAGGGCUCUAUGCCAUGGUGGGGGCUGCGGCAUGUCUGGGUGGCGUGACCCGUAUGACCGUCUCCCUGGUUGUCAUUGUCUUUGAGCUGACAGGCGGGUUGGAGUACAUCGUCCCCCUCAUGGCCGCUGUCAUGACCAGCAAAUGGGUGGGGGACGCGUUCGGCCGCGAGGGGAUCUACGAGGCCCACAUCCGUCUGAACGGAUACCCCUUUCUGGACGCCAAGGAGGAAUUCACACACACCACGCUGGCCAGGGAGGUGAUGAGGCCACGACGCAGCGACCCGCCGUUAGCAGUGCUGACGCAGGACGACCUGACGGUGGAGGAGCUGCAGGGCAUCAUCAACGAAACCAGUUAUAAUGGUUUCCCUGUGAUAGUGUCCAAGGAGUCCCAGAGGCUGGUGGGCUUUGCUCUGCGAAGGGACAUCACUAUCGCUAUAGAAAAUGCCCGUCGUAAGCAGGAGGGCAUCAUGUUAAACUCCAGGGUCUACUUCACUCAGCACGCACCCACCCUGCCGGCUGACAGCCCUCGGCCCCUCAAGCUGCGCUCCAUCCUGGACAUGAGCCCCUUCACCGUCACCGACCACACGCCCAUGGAGAUCGUGGUGGACAUCUUCAGAAAGCUGGGGCUGCGCCAGUGCCUGGUCACCCACAACGGGAUUGUGUUGGGCAUCAUCACAAAGAAGAAUAUAUUAGAGCAUCUGGAAGAGCUCAAGCAACACAUGGAGCCCCUGGCGGCUUCUUGGUAUUAUCACAAAAAAAGAUAUCCUUCGUCACAUGGCUCAAAUGGCAAACCAAGAUCCCGAGUCCAUCAUGUUCAACUGAUCCGCUCCUUCCAGGACGGCCGGGUGGGAGGGGGAGACGACAGCGAGGAGGAGGAGGAGGAAGUGCGCCUCCUGGACGGCUCCAAUCUCUGACAUUCGGAUCACGUUUUCUCUUC